AUGUCUAGCCCGCAAUCUCGUCUCAGCAAACUUGCCUCUCAAUUGCUCCCGUACCCGCCCAGGACUCCCGAGUAUCAUCACCGCCAUCACAUCCAUACACUCUCGCCAACAUUCUUUCUUCCCAGAGCUGCUGCAAUUGAGCCAGAUGCUGAGGCGAUCUAUCAUGUCACCGCGAACGGCAAAAUUUUACGGCGAACAUAUCAGGAGGCUGCGGACAGGGCGAGAGGACUAGCAUACUUCCUCAAGAAGCAUGGAUAUAAACGAAUUGGCAUACUUUGCCCGAACACACCUGCAUUUCUAGAAUCGGUGUAUGGCAUUGGGGCUGCUGGAGCGGUGAAUGUUGGUAUCAACUACCGACUGAAGCAUGAAGACAUUGCCUAUAUAUUCGCGCACGCUGAUGUCGAUUCUAUCAUCGUCGACGCGGAAUUUCUCCCUCUCCUUGACGAGUAUCUCAAAUCUCACCCCAACGUACCGCUUAUCAUUGACGACGACACGGAUGCAACAGAAGGCCAAUUGAGCGGUCAAUUCGAUGAAGCUGUCCUCGAGGGUCUCAGAUGCGAUGUCGCAAAUGGCUCGAAAGGAUGGGAUGGCCUUCAGGCGCAAACAGCCGACGAGGAAGCCGUCAUUGCAUUAGCAUAUACAAGUGGGACGACUGCGAAGCCCAAAGGCGUCGAGUAUACGCAUCGUGGAGGCUACCUCGCUGCGCUGGCAAAUGUAGUCGAAUCAGGACUGAAUUAUCAUACAGGACGAUGUCGAUACCUCUGGACACUGCCCAUGUUCCACGCCAUGGGCUGGACGUUCCCCUGGGCCGUUACAGCCGUGAGGGGGACACAUUACUGCCUUCGUAAAAUUGACUAUCCCGAGAUAUGGCGAUUGCUUCGCGAUGAGCACAUUACACAUUUCAACGCAGCGCCAACCGUGAACACACUUCUCUGCGCCGCCGAGCAAGCCGUCCAGUUGCCCGACCCAGUCCGUGUCACAGUCGCCGCGAGUCCACCGACCCCCCAUCUCUUCGAACAAAUGACGAAUCUCAAUCUCCACCCCGUCCACGUCUACGGCCUCACAGAGACCUACGGCCCAAUAACAAAAGGCUACCACAUGCCCGGCUGGGAAUCCCUCCCGAAGAAGGAGAAAUACAUGAACAUGGCACGACAAGGCCACGGCUUCCUCACCAGUCUCCCCAUCCGCAUAAUCAAGACAGAAGUCCCCGAAGGUACGAUCGAGGACGUGAACAAAGACGGCAAAGAAAUCGGGGAGAUCGUCUGCGUGGGCAACAUCUGCGCGAAGGGCUACUACAAAGACCCAGAUGCGACGAGGAAGCUGUUUGCGGGCGGCGUGCUGCAUACCGGUGACCUCGCCGUGUGGCAUCCCGAUGGCGCGGCGCAGAUCUUGGAUCGGGCGAAGGAUAUCAUUAUUAGCGGUACAUCCCUCUCUCCCUCUCCCACCGCCACGUCCUUCUUCCCCAUCUCCUUUCCCCUCUUUGAUAUCCCAUUCUUCUGUAGUACACGAGCUAACACCACUCACUCAGGCGGCGAAAAUAUCUCCUCCGUAGCCCUAGAAUCCAUGCUAGCGACGCAUCCCUCGAUCCUUGAAGUCGGCGUCGUAGCAGUCGCAGACUCGCAUUGGGGCGAGCGGCCAAAAGCUUUCAUCACCGUCCAACAGGGCAAGGAUGUCCAGCCUCAGGAAGUGAUUGAGUGGGCGAAGCGAAAUAGUGCGAUCAGUAAAUUCAUGGUGCCUAGGGAGGUGGAGGUCGUGGCGGAGCUGCCGAAGACGAGUACGGGGAAGGUGAGGAAGAAUGUUUUGAGGGAGUGGGCGAGGGGUGGGGAGAGGGAAGGGUAG